ACAUUGUAUGUUACUGUGUUGAUGAUUUUCUGCAUUCAAACAAAUGUCUUCUCAUUACAGGUUCUGAUCUGCCCUUCCCUGCAGCCGUGGUCGAUGACGUCAUCUGCAGCAAGACCUUCCAGAUCCUCUAUAAGAACGAGGAGGUGGUUGUCAAUGAUGUGCUGGUGUUCAAAAUCAUGAUGCUGCUGGAUGAGAAGAAGGUAGAAGAAUCCCUCAAUGACAUGGACUUCCAGCUCUCUCUGGAGUUAUACUUCACAGAUGGAGACUUCUCGCCCGAGGAGCUCAGCUCCCUGCAGAACAUCAGCAGUCGUUCGCUCCGCUUGCACUUUAGCCUGAACCGAGGCAUCCACCAACACAUCAAUAUCAUGUUCGACUACUUCCACCUGUCUGUGGUCUCUAUGGCCGUCCACGCAUCCCUGGUUGCCCUGCACCAACCCCUCAUCAGCUUCCCCCGGCUAGUGAAGAGUACAUGGCUGAACCGCAACGCCCCCCAGCAGAGUAAAGACUCUGUCAUCCCGGCCCUGGAGAAUGUGGUGUUUGGAACCAGCUAUGUCAAACAGCUGUCUGCUGAUGGCAGAACAUUCCUGGUGUCAGAUCAAUGUCUGCAGCAUGCUUUCAGUCUUCACCACAGUCUCUGUGCCAGCCUACUGCUGGCCUACCAGGGCCUGUUUGGUUACUUCACCUCCGUCAGCAAGGACCUGCCCUCCUCUCACCGCAUGGAGCUAGCCAAGCCCAGCAUGCAAGUCCUUUAUGAGAGAGUACUCAGAAGACCCUUCCCUCCAGACCAAAGGCACGUCUUCAUAGAGGAACUAGACGUUGAGAACCGUCUCACUGAGCUCUGUGAUCAAGUCAAGCAGAGGGCGGAGAGCCCGGACGAGCUGGCAGAGCUGGUCAAUAUGAACCUGGCCCAGCUGUGUUCCCUCCUCAUGGCUCUGUGGGGUCAGUUCCUGGAGGUGGUCUCACUGCAGGAGAAUGUUGCUGCCCUGCUGGCUGUGGAGCAUCACACACUCAGAGUGCGGAGAUUUGCAGAGGCCUUCUUUUGUCUGGAACACCCGAGACAAACGGCGCUGGCCUAUCAGGAACUACAUGCUCACAGCCACCAGCAGAUGACCACAGCCAUCAAGAGUUCCUCCUACUUCCUGUCUCUACCACCACUUCCUGUUGCAUGUGCCGACCUUGACGGGGACGUCAGCUCCCUGCCAAUCAUCUUCGAGGACAGAUACCUGGACUCUAUCACGGAAGAUCGGGACGGGCCGUGGCUGGGCAUACAUAAUCCCCGGAGUGGCUCCACGUCCUCCGGCAACUCUAAGGCCAGCUCAUCCUCUUCCACUGCAGCUGCCACAGCAUCCUUCCCCAGCCCCUUCCUGGAGCCUCGGCCCCCAACCAUGAUGGACACAACCUGGCCCGAUGACUGCCCAGACCUGCCCAAGUCCAAAGGCAAGUCGGUGAAACUGAAGAAGAACGCCAAGACGGAGAGGGAGAACGCCAAGAAGCUCAUCAGACAGGGAUCCAAGGACUCUGUGGUUCUGGUGGCCUAUAAGAACCUGGGGAAGGCCGCUAACUCGGCUAACCCUUCACAGCUAACACAUGGAGAAACUGACCAGGACAGAGAGGCCCAGGGACAGGGAGAGGCUGGCCUGAAGCAGCAGAGGGAGGAGAGGGAGCAGGGGGAGAGGGAUGCCUUGCUGGGGGUGACUGGGGGAGACUCCAACACUGACCUAAGGACUAGGAUCUCCAAAUAUUUUCCUGAGCCUGGUGCUACCACCACCACCACCGCCGCUGGACAGGCAAAUGCUGUUCUUAAUUUUGACUCUCUCCUUGAGGAUGACGUCCUAGUAGCUAGUGGCGUGGCUAGCCAGAAAGGUUACUUCACAGCCUUAGUGAGCUUGGACACACAGAACAAGCCGGCCCAGGCUGGUCCUGGAGCUGUAGCCGGAUUAGCCACCACAGAUAAUAACCAAGUAAUUCACAAAAAUGCUGCCGUUGACCACUGCAGCCAGCAGCUGCCCGAUCACUACACGCCUGGUUCUACCGCCACUGGACUCAGGCACAUUGAGGUCCAACCCAGUGACAAGGACCCGUACCAAGGAGACACAGUGACAGUUCUCCUGCCCUGUCGCACGGAUGGGGAUGGGACCUCCAAAAAAGAUGUCCCAGAAAUCACCCAGACAGACCUGUGUAUGUCCGACUCUAAACACCUUGCUAUGAGAGACUGGAGGUCUGAGGUGUCUGACAGGCCUGGGGGUAGAGAGGUAAUGACAGAGGUUAGUCAGAGGCCAGGCCUGGUGCUUCUACAGCAGGUGAAAGGUGAUUGUAUCAGGCUGCCACCAGACGGAGGUGCUGCAGUCCCCAGUGCCUCCUCCCGCCUCUCCGACUCUGGUAUCGAGAGCGAGCCCAGCUCCUUCGCUAUCCAGCUGGCUACCCAGGGUGGGGCCGGAGGCCUGGCUGGGGCCCCUGAGACUGAGUUGGGCCCCCAGCAGGCCGAACGGCCCCUACUCAGCCCUGCUCCCCGGCCCGUCCAGCCCACCUCUGUCCAUAAGGGCAGCAUGGGGGCUGGAGAGGGCCUCAACCCGGAGAGUACAGUCAGCUCGGUCAGCGGCGUCCAGUCUUCCCUCACCUCCAUCAACUCGCUGCCCUCGGAUGACGAGGGGGAGGGGGGUACGUCUGUGUCCAGGGGCUCCAGCAGUCUAGGAGGAGGGGAGGCCGAGGGGCCACCAGGCCCAGGGGGAAUGAGGAAGUCCAGUGUUCUGGUACAGGAGCAACAGAGCCUGGUGUUCUAUGGAGAACCACCACUAUCUGUCCCAACACGCUGCUCUGUACCCAGCCAAACGCACCCCGAUGCUGGGAUGGGCCUCAACACCACUGCUAGUGGGGGUUCUGCUUCUCAAUAUCUGCCUCCUAGGACUUUUUCCUCAACCUCUGAGUCAACACUUAACACUGAUCCCAGGUUGUUAACAGGUUUCUCUGAGGGGGCCGUAGGGGGUCCAGGUGCCCCCCGUAGUGAGCCCCAGACAGCCUCCUACCCCUCCUCUAACUCCACCGCCAGCAGCAGUGACCUGGUCAAGAAGGGACUGGUAGAAAACUACUUUGGCUCGCGCUCCAGCACAGACGUCUCAGAGAUCAGCCCUGUAGAGACGUCAGCUAUCACCCUGGGGAUACUGUCUGGAGCGGGGCCGGGGCCGCCUGUAGAGGAAGACGAGGAAGAGGACAACGAGAUGAUAGAGAACGGCUUCUACGAGGAAGGAGACGGCUUGGCGUUCGUGAACGGUGUCGUUGACGAGGAGGAGGAGGAUGAAGGGGAUGGAGGGGCAGUAGGGAGGAGUCUGUUGUUUGAACAGUUGGGACUGGACCAUGUUCAGGAGCCCAGGGGUCUUCCUCCAGGCUAUGGUGCCCCUGUCCGCUCCCCCCUGGCCCCCAGCUCAGUGGGCUCUUCCCAGGGGAGACCUCUAGUCCCUACCCCCUCCACCUCCCUCACCUCCAACAGCCUGCGCUGGUAUGACAGCGCCCCCACACCACAGAUGAAAGCUUUUGUUGCGGCCAAAGAGGAGUUGAAGCAGCUGAGACUACCAGGGUUCCUGUACAGUGAGGUGGGAGACCUGGCCUCCAGUGUUCCUUACUUUAGCCUGGAGGAGGAUGACAACUGUGACGAGGGCAUCCACCUCAUCGUCUGUGUCCACGGCCUCGAUGGUAACAGUGCUGACCUGCGUCUGGUGAAGACCUACUUGGAGCUGGGCCUACCUGGAGCUAGGAUAGACUUCCUCAUGUCCGAACGCAACCAGAAUGACACGUUUGCUGACUUUGAGCAGAUGACAGACCGGCUGUUGGAUGAAAUAGUUCAGUACAUUCAGAUCUACAACCUCACCGUCUCUAAGAUCAGGUACAUAUGGGUUCUUCAGGUCUACAACCUCACCGUCUCUAAGAUCAGGUACAUAUGGGUUCUUCAGGUCUACAACCUCACCGUCUCUAAGAUCAGGUACAUAUGGGUUCUUCAGGUCUACAACCUCACCGUCUCUAAGAUCAGGUACAUAUGGGUUCUUCAGGUCUACAACCUCACCGUCUCUAAGAUCAGGUACAUAUGGGUUCUUCAGGUCUACAACCUCACCGUCUCUAAGAUCAAGUACAUAUGGGUUCUUCAGGUCUACAACCUCACCGUCUCUAAGAUCAGGUACAUAUGGGUUCUUCAGGUCUACAACCUCACCGUCUCUAAGAUCAGCUUCGUAGGCCACUCCCUGGGGAACCUGAUAGUUCGUUCAGUACUGACCAGACCCAGGUUUAAAUGUUACCUGAGCAGACUUCACACCUUCCUCUCUCUGUCUGGACCUCACCUGGGUACCCUGUACAACAGCUCUGCUCUGGUCAACACAGGCCUGUGGUUCAUGCAGAAGUGGAAGAAAUCUGGCUCUCUGCUCCAACUGACCUGCAGAGACCACUCUGAUCCCAGACAGACCUUCCUCUACAAGCUUAGCAAGAAAUCUGGUCUUCAUCACUUCAGGAACGUGGUGUUAGUGGGCUCUCUGCAGGAUCGUUACGUCCCAUAUCACUCAGCCAGGAUAGAGAUGUGUAAGACAGCCCUGAAGGACAAACAAACAGGUUCAGUAUAUGUAGAGAUGAUAGAGAACCUGUUGCUGCCUGUGCUCCAGAACAGAGACUGUAACCUGGUGCGUUACGAUGUCAUCCACGCCCUGCCCAACACCGCCAACUCCCUGAUUGGCCGAGCAGCACACAUCGCCGUCCUCGACUCGGAAAUCUUCCUGGAGAAGUUCUUCCUGGUCGCAGGCCUGAAGUUCUUUCAGUAGGAGAGGAGGGGUCUAUGAAUCCAACCAAUGGCUGGAAGGGGGGAAGUGUGGGCGGCUCUACCAAUCUAACCAAUGGCUGGAGUGGAGGGACGUUUUUUCAAUAGGAAAGUAGGAGUGGCCACCCAAUCAAAUAAAUGACUGGAGGAGGGAGAAUGGGGGCCUCCCAGUCAAUAACCCGGUCCCAUAUCUGUUUUGACCUUUUUGGUCAACUCCUAUAAUCAUUGACAUGCCAAAAAAAUUUAUGCAUUGUAUCCUGUGGAGGUCACCGGGCAGGUCACCGAGGUCACCGGGUGGCAGGAGUUUACACAUUUAAGACCAUGUCAUUGGUGCUGAAGUGAGAUCUCUGCCCAUCUCCACCCAAUGACCAUAGAAGUUGGCAAGACUGCACAAACUGAUCUGGGACCAGGCUAGCAAAUAAAACCUGUGGCUGGAGGGAGAGGGGAAGAGAGGAGAACAUGGAGCAUACAUAGAAUAUAAUGACUAGACCAUCAAUCUAGUGAUGCUAUUUCUAUCAUGUGUAGCUUAUAUUACCUCACUGCAUCCUAAACCCAAUUCUCAAUAUUGUAUCUGGUUGACGCGUAUGGUUAAUAGAUGCAUCUGCUUCCAUAUGGAAGGUCAAAAGUCUAAUAUCAGUGUUUAUUUGUAUGUUUUUUAGUUCUUUUUAUCGGGUUGUUAGUGAAUGUUCCUUAUUUUCAUUGUUCUACUUCUAUUUUUCAAAGGAGGAUUUCAAGUUGAUUUUAUGAAUGUACUUGUGGGGGGGGGGGGGGGGGGGUGGUUUUCCUUAUCACAUUGUAGUCUUUUCAGUGUUAUUUAUCUAUGAAAUUGUUAUAUUUUCACAUGGUUUUGUUCAAACCAUUCAUUCAUUUAUUAAGACGAUUGCAAUACCGAUCUGGAAAUGUAGCUGCUAAAAAUGGUGAGCUAACUCAUCUUCUCAUAUUGUCGUCACCUUUUAUUUAAAAGGUGCGUUUUCUUCAACAACAACAAAUUAGUCGUAAAGUCAAACUAUUAUACUCUUGCAUUAAUUUGCACCACAACUGUAUCAAAAACAGAUUUUCUACUGAGGAUGGUCAUUUUUACUAAGUACAUAUUUUACUAUCAGAAUUUUCAUUUGUGUUAUUUUUUCAUUUUACAAAGGUAAAGGCUUCCAGUCUAGUCGAACUAACUUAACGGAAUCAAUUUGAUUGUAACUCGGACAAUGCAGCCUGGGACUUAUAAGGCUUUGCGGUUUUCUAUAGCUCUGGACCAGGGCGUUCGGUGCAGGUUGUUGGCGCUGAGCCUUCCUGAACAGGGGAAGAGACAACUCGUUGCGCAAUGGACCAGAGCUAGGUUUUAUACUGUAUGCUGUUACUUUGCCAUUACAGCAUCGUGCACAACACUAAACCCAACCUGGUGUUGGGAACAUUAUACGAGCCUUGCUUGAUUAUAGCAUGAGAACAUUUUAUUACAAGGGGUUUUAAAUCAACUUGUUCAACUGUUAUAGCCAGAAGGGUCGUGUUCAUUAGGGCUCACCGUAGCAAAACGUUUUCUAACAAAGCCUUGCUUAUUGGACAAGUUCAUGUAGGCAAGAACCCUGUUUGAUUCUGUUUUCUUCCGCCUGGUGCCAAAUGAAUACGACCCAGAUGUAAAGGUGGGGUGUAGCCAAGGGUCAGUACUUAUGAAUAGCACAUGUCUUGGUUCAUGGAGAGUAUUUAUGUUUUGCUGUCAUGGAUGGGUGGGUGUAUUAUUUAUGCUUUUUAACAUGAGUAUUGUUUUUAGAUAUAAAAUCAACUUCUCAUUUCUUUGUGAAAAUGGUUUGUAUCAUUGCACUCUUUACCAUUAAAUAAAUGUAUUAUAAAUA